AUGACUGACGAGGCAACACAAGAAGCGGUAAGAAUGUUUAAGGAUGGAAUAAAUAAGGCAUAUAUCUGUUCCACGCUAUACAGAAAUCCUAUAAGGGAUUUAGAGCAUGCAUUUGCAGUAGCCCGUACCAUAGAACACGAAGACGAACAUCGAAAGAUACGUCUAGGCUAUGCACAACAGAACAUUCAUCCAACCAACAAUAAACACUACUAUGAGAAACAACAUCACCAGAUACGUCCCAUGUAUCAGCAGAAAUACAACUAUAACCAGCCGCCAUCACAAUUACCAAAACCAGAGGCCAGGACACAACGUCUGGAAACACAACAUUCAGUUCACCAACCAAUACCAACAACCAAAACUCAUGCGGAACAACAACUUAACAACCAUGAGGAAGACAAAGAUCAUAAAUCGGAUAAGGAUGCAGAUAAAGAUAAAGACAAGAAUGCAAAAGAUAAACCGAAACACAGUGCCAAGUACAACAAAGAUAAGGACAAAGAAAAGGAGAAGGUGAAGGAAAAGGAGAAAGAAAAAAACAAAGAUAAAGAGAAGACAAAGGAAACCAGCAAAGAUUAUGAAAAGAGUAGCGGAGACAAAGGCGUCAAGGAACUAACAUUAAUUCGAAAUCCUAUAAGGGAUUUAGAGCAUGCAUUUGCAGUAGCCCGUACCAUAGAACACGAAGACGAACAUCGAAAGUUACGUCUAGGCUAUGCACAACAGAACAUUCAUCCAACCAACAAUAAACACUACUAUGAGAAACAACAUCAUCAGAGACGUCCCAUGUAUCAGCAGAAAUACAACUAUAACCAGCCGCCAUCACAAUUACCAAAACCAGAGGCCAGGACACAACGUCUGGAAACACAACAUUCAGUUCACCAACCAAUACCAACAACCAAAACUCAUGCGGAACAACAACUUAACAACCAUGAGGAAGACAAAGAUCAUAAAUCGGAUAAGGAUGCAGAUAAAGAUAAAGACAAGAAUGCAAAAGAUAAACCGAAACACAGUGCCAAGUACAACAAAGAUAAGGACAAAGAAAAGGAGAAGGUGAAGGAAAAGGAGAAAGAAAAAAACAAAGAUAAAGAGAAGACAAAGGAAACCAGCAAAGAUUAUGAAAAGAGUAGUGGAGACAAAGGCGCCAAGGAACUAACAUUAAUUCGAAAUCCUAUAAGGGAUUUAGAGCAUGCAUUUGCAGUAGCCCGUACCAUAGAACACGAAGACGAACAUCGAAAGUUACGUCUAGGCUAUGCACAACAGAACAUUCAUCCAACCAACAAUAAACACUACUAUGAGAAACAACAUCAUCAGAGACGUCCCAUGUAUCAGCAGAAAUACAACUAUAACCAGCCGCCAUCACAAUUACCAAAACCAGAGGCCAGGACACAACGUCUGGAAACACAACAUUCAGUUCACCAACCAAUACCAACAACCAAAACUCAUGCGGAACAACAACUUAACAACCAUGAGGAAGACAAAGAUCAUAAAUCGGAUAAGGAUGCAGAUAAAGAUAAAGACAAGAAUGCAAAAGAUAAACCGAAACACAGUGCCAAGUACAACAAAGAUAAGGACAAAGAAAAGGAGAAGGUGAAGGAAAAGGAGAAAGAAAAAAACAAAGAUAAAGAGAAGACAAAGGAAACCAGCAAAGAUUAUGAAAAGAGUAGUGGAGACAAAGGCGCCAAGGAACUAACAUUAAUUCGAAAUCCUAUAAGGGAUUUAGAGCAUGCAUUUGCAGUAGCCCGUACCAUAGAACACGAAGACGAACAUCGAAAGUUACGUCUAGGCUAUGCACAACAGAACAUUCAUCCAACCAACAAUAAACACUACUAUGAGAAACAACAUCAUCAGAGAAGUCCCAUGUAUCAGCAGAAAUACAACUAUAACCAGCCGCCAUCACAAUUACCAAAACCAGAGGCCAGGACACAACGUCUGGAAACACAACAUUCAGUUCACCAACCAAUACCAACAACCAAAACUCAUGCGGAACAACAACUUAACAACCAUGAGGAAGACAAAGAUCAUAAAUCGGAUAAGGAUGCAGAUAAAGAUAAAGACAAGAAUGCAAAAGAUAAACCGAAACACAGUGCCAAGUACAACAAAGAUAAGGACAAAGAAAAGGAGAAGGUGAAGGAAAAGGAGAAAGAAAAAAACAAAGAUAAAGAGAAGACAAAGGAAACCAGCAAAGAUUAUGAAAAGAGUAGUGGAGACAAAGGCGCCAAGGAACUAACAUUAAUUCGAAAUCUUAUAAGGGAUUUAGAGCAUGCAUUUGCAGUAGCCCGUACCAUAGAACACGAAGACGAACAUCGAAAGUUACGUCUAGGCUAUGCACAACAGAACAUUCAUCCAACCAACAAUAAACACUACUAUGAGAAACAACAUCACCAGAGACGUCCCAUGUAUCAGCAGAAAUACAACUAUAACCAGCCGCCAUCACAAUUACCAAAACCAGAGGCCAGGACACAACGUCUGAAAACACAACAUUCAGGCAACCAACUCAGCAUCAAAACCACUACUACGACAACCAAAACUCAUGCGGAACAACAACUUAACAACCAUGAGGAAGACAAAGAUCAUAAAUCGGAUAAGGAUGCAGAUAAAGAUAAAGACAAGAAUGCAAAAGAUAAACCUAAACACAGUGCCAAGUACAACAAAGAUAAGGACAAAGAAAAGGAGAAGGUGAAGGAAAAGGAGAAAGAAAAAAACAAAGAUAAAGAGAAGACAAAGGAAACCAGCAAAGAUUAUGAAAAGAGAAGCGGAGACAAAGGCGCCAAGGAACUAACAUUAAUACUCUAA